UGUGUGUUGAUGCUUCAGUUGAAUUUGUGUUCGUGUUUGUCGGCACCCAAAAUAUUCGUGCAUGCAAAUGAGAAACAUGGGAAAUUUUUAGGAUCAUAGAGAUUCGUACAUAAUUGAUCAUAAGCUUUUUUUUUUUCUAUUGGUAAAAUUAUCUUUUAAUUUUCGUUGCACUUCUUGGUAUCAAAGACUGUCACUUAGCUAUUUUUUAUCUGAAUUCCUAUCUAUGAUCUGUGUGUUCCUCCCACGAGAUGCAUAGACUUGUCGUACUACGAUGAUAUAGGGUUCGUGCAAGUACAAAUUUCAUGCCAAUAUGUCUCACUGCUUGCUAACUUCUGAAGAGUACUGGAUUUGGUUUCUGGUUAAAGAUGAAUACCCUUCAAUAUAAUUUCUCUGCUAAUAGAGUGGUCUCUCUGAUUGGACCCACUGCAAGAAAUGUCAGAACCUCUUCUUUCAGUACUGCAAGGAAGAUGAAAGCUACAUGUUUACAUGUUUCUCCACCAUUUGGUCUCCGGCAAGACAAGCUGUACCCAAGAUUUGUUUAUGAUGCCCUGAAGAAUGAAGCUUCAGUGCAUGCAUUUGGCAAAAAUGGGGACUCUAAGAGUGAAAAUGAGCCUUUUUCAUUGGAAUCACCAAAGAAAGCUACAGGCAAUUUUAGAAGAGAGCUAACUGUGCAGGACUUGUUGAGGGAGUGGAUGAAGGGAAGACAAUUUGGUGGAAACGGAGGUUAUGGGAAUUCGUAUGGGGGUGAUGGUGAUCCUUCGGGUGGUCCAGAGACCGAAGGGUCUGCAGGACAAUUUGAUGAACUCUUUCAAGUGAUCAUGGCAACUAUUGGUGUAAUAUUUCUGUAUACCCUUAUAACCCGUGGCGAGGAACUGAUCCGUCUUGCUAGAGACUGCAUCAAAUAUCUUUUAGGUGCUAAAGCCAGCACCAGGUUGAUCCAUUCAAUGGAGAAAUGGCGUAGGUUUUUUGAGAUUGUCACCUGCAAGGGGGUGUUGUGAGAGAAAGAUCAUAUACUUGGCUCAUGUCAAAGAUCAUUCCCAUGCUAAGGUGGUAGCAUAAGCCUGGGUAAUUGGCUCACGUAAAACAAGAUCAUGGACUUUCUCUUCUAUUUUUUUGCGAGUCUAAUGAGUUUUUCUUUUUCUUUUUUUUGUGCAUGUAACAGAAUAAAAGCCCCUGCAUAGUUUCUCCAAUAGCUUGUAUUUGUUCCAGAUGAUUGGAGAAGAUCACCUUUGUUGUGGGGAUUAGUCAUCUGACCUACAAGAGUCGGCUUUUUUAGUGUAAUGAGUUCCAUUGUUCUCCUUGCACUUGUUUCUCCAAUACCAUGUAUUUGUUCGAAAUGUUAAAAGCUCAUCUUUAUGUUGUUGUUCGCAUUA